AACAGAAAAUGUAUCCUAAAAUACUAAACAAUGUAUUUCAAGUGUUAAACAAAAGAGUUUUGUUCUUUGGAAGGAACAGUGGGAUACACGGAUUAAAAUAUUUAUUUCGACAUGAUUCCUUUAUAGCCUUCAGGUUGUUCUGGAUAGUAAUCCUGGUCAUCUCAAGCGGGUGUUUAUACCUUCUUCUGGUGGUAGUAGAGCGCGGGGACCAGGUGAACUUUACCCCGGACACACGCUAUCUGCAGUGGGCGACGGUGUUCCCCGCCGUGACGGUCUGCGAGAGCUACAGCCUGAAGCCCGCUCAGAGGAAGUUCGCGGCUCUGUACCCGGAAUUGAUGGGACCGUUAAACUUCGAUGUUAAGAAGUAUCUCACGGAGUUGCUAUACGGCCGUGGCACUUGUGGCAAGUCGUACUGUGUGCCGUGCGGCACUCUGGUGCCUUGCGAUGUGCCGUGGAGGGACGUCAUGGAGAACGUUAGGCAGAAAUGUACUGAUAUGAUUACGGACUGUCGCUUCAACGGCGAAAAAUUUCCUUGCUGCGAAAAGUUUCGUUUGGUCGACUCAGAGUACGGAUAUUGCUUUUCUUUCAACACCUUACAGAGCGAGAGCUCUCGUGACGAGCCGCUGUAUGCUGUGAAUAGGUCGACUGGACCAGGAAUUUUAACAUAUCGCCUUUUGUAUGAAGCCUAUAUCUCUGUGCACAGUCCAGAAGAGCUUUCAACAAACAACCUGGAUUUUAAGUUCAAAUUCGACGUAAAAGCUAGAUCAGAGAACCGAGUACAAUUCCUUUUCUCCAUGGUAGAGAUGGAGAACGACCCCAUGUUGCUGGCUGAGGGUAUCGACGUCAGACAUUGCAGAAACCUUGAAGAAGUACCUGAAAGAAAGUUGCAUACCUAUCCGGUAUAUUCUUACGGCGCUUGUCGUUUAGCGCAAGAGACAGAGCAUUUUUACGAACAUUGUGGAUGCAUUCAUCCUGCCCGUCACACUUCUUAUGAAACUAAGUACUGUAACUAUACAGGACUGAAUUGUGUAGUUGACGUUGAAGUCCAAAAACAAAAGUUGGGUGCUGACAAACAUGACAAUCAUGAUAAGACUUGUCUACCCUCCUGUGUUGAGAGUGAACUUACUACCAUACACAUUUCUAGGAAUUGGGUGAAUGAAGAAUACCAGGGUGCUUUGGUUAGUAUCCGCAUGGCGUCGCUGCCUACCCUGCGUUAUACGAGGAACCUGGUCCGGACCAAUUUGGAUUUUGUUGUGUCCAUAGGAGGUAUGGUCAGCCUGUUCACCGGUGCGUCGAUUUUAAGUAUUGUAGAAGUACUUUACCUCGUUUUUAGAUCUCCCAGAAGGAUGUAAAAAGUUAGGCGAAUUUUAU